UCUAUUUUUUAUGAAUUAAGGUUUUUGAAUAUAUCGUAUAUUAUAGUUUUAUCAAAUAAUGCAUAAAAUUUAAAUAACAUUCGAAUAAUUGAUAUUAAGAUUGCAAUUUUCAAUUUUUGUGUUUCCCGCAAUUUGAAGCAAAUGAAAUACCAUUGAUGCGCGCUGCAUUGUAUAAAUCGAUGCGUCUCAGCCGCGGGCUUUUAGCUACUUUUAGCCUACUCCAAUUUUUCUGCGUCCCGGUUUACGAGGUUUUUGCUUCAUUCGAGUGUUUUAAAACAUCAUAAUGUAUAAUUUGAAAAAUAAAUAAUGUGUCUUAUAUUAAAAUACUCUCGAUUAUAUAUAUUUUAUGAAUAUGUUGAUGCAUUUUUUUUAAUAAGCAAUAAGAAUAUGAUCUCAUUUUUUCAUUGUUCAAAUACUUGUCAUAAUUGUGUUGAACAAUUUGUGUGAAAUUAAUAUGUUCCUUAUUAUACCACCAAUUUAUCAAACUUUAUCAACCCCGGCAAUUUGCGUUCAGCAAUACGGGGAUUUGCAUUUAUUAGUUGCAUAAUUAUAUUAAAUAAUGAGAAUCAACGCAACGAAAAUGAGUACUCCGAUCGAGGAGAAGAUUGAUCAGAAAUUGAAGGUAAGAACAGGGAUGGUGAGUGUUAGUGAUGGAAAAAGUAAACCAGUACCAAUGCGUUUACAUCUGUCUAUGGAAGUUUUAAAACUUCAAAGAGAAGAUUUAGAGCAGACAGCGAAUCAUAAUAAACCACCAUUAGAUGCUAAAGAAAGAAUGGUACAAAUUACAAGACAAAAAGUUGGAGGCUUAGGAUUAAGUAUAAAAGGAGGAGCAGAACAUAAACUUCCUGUACUUAUAUCUAGAAUUUAUAAAGGCCAAGCAGCUGAUCAAUGUGGCCAACUAUUUGUAGGAGAUGCAAUUAUUAAAGUAAAUGGAGAAUAUAUAACUGCAUGUAAUCAUGAUGAUGCUGUCAACAUUCUAAGAAAUGCUGGUGAUAUAGUAGUUUUAACAGUAAAACAUUAUCGUGCAGCAAAGCCAUUUCUACAAAAAAAUGAAAAAGAAGAGAAAUUAGAUAAUGUUGCAAAUGGAGGAUCAGAAGAUGAAUGGUUAUCAUCAUCUAAUAGACAAAAUGAUAGUUCUAGAUGUGGUCAUAGUAGACAAAGUUCAAAUGCAUCUGCUACUUCAAUGCAAUAUAAAAAAUGGAUAGAUGUUAUAACAGUUCCAUUAAUGAUGGCUUAUGUAACAAGAUAUAUCUUUGGAACAGAUAAAUUAAGAAGAAAUGCGUUUGAAGUAAGAGGAUUAAAUGGUGCACGUACUGGUGUAAUUCAUUGUGAUGAUAGUGCCAUUUUAAGUCAGUGGUUAAAAUAUAUAACUGAUAAUAUUACAGGUUUAACGCAUUUACAGAUGAAAUUAUAUAACCGCAAUUUUGGAGUUGGUGAACGUAUAGAAUAUAUGGGAUGGGUUAAUGAAGCAGUAAGUAAUAGUAAUCAACCAUGGCAAAGUUAUAGACCAAGAUUUUUAGCAUUAAAAGGACCUGAUUUGUUAUUAUUUGAAACACCUCCUUGCAAUAUAGGAGAUUGGUCACGAUGUGCAUUGACUUUUAAAGUAUAUCAAACAAUGUUUCGCGUAAUGCGAGAAUCCGAAAAUGUUGAUGAAAGACAACAUUGUUUUUUAGCACAAAGUCCAGGUAAACCACCGCGAUAUUUAAGUGUCGAAACUAGACAAGAACUAUUAAGAGUAGAAGCAGCAUGGCAUACUGCAGUAUGUUCGGCUGUUACACAUUUGAAAAGUAAAACAUUUCCAGUUACUUUUAAUGGAAAAAGUGCAGGUUUGACUCUAGAAUGGACUCAAGGUUUUACACUUUCUUAUGAUGACAUUGGAGAGACUGUAUGGCGUUAUAAAUUUUCACAAUUAAGAGGAUCUAGUGAUGAUGGAAAAAGUAGAUUAAAAUUACACUUUCAAGAAUCGGAUAGUAUUGCUAUUGAGACAAAGGAAUUGGAAUGUUCUCAAUUGCAGAAUUUAUUAUUCUGUAUGCAUGCAUUUUUAACUGCAAAGGUUGCUGCAGUUGAUCCAACAUUUUUAACAUCAACAACUCCAUAAAAUUGAAGUAAGUAUUAUUAAAAAUGAAGUAAUUAAAAAUGAAGUAAGUAUUAUGCCAAAUAAAUCAGAAAAUGGAUCACUAUUCAAUAUUCGCAUAUUUGCAUAAACAGAAAUAUUCUAAUUAAUAAAUUAGAUUAAUAACAUAAAA